AUGACAUCUGCAUCAUGCGACAUGAAGCCUAACCGUGCCGUACACCUCGAGGAUACGCGGUCCUUGCCCCCAGCGGGUAUCGAUAUCCGUCUGGGAGAUUACCGUGCGACUCGAACCAUGGUGGUCUUUUCGAUCUGGAUCUCCAUCAGCGCCUGGAUCAGUGUUUUUGACUUUACCUACGGGGGCGUGGUCCUCACGAUGCCCGCUUUCAAACGAUCAUUUGGCCACUGUGAGUCCGACGGCUGUCAGCUCUCUGCUAGCCAACAGUCACUCAUGAGCGUGACUUCGAUCUUCAUCGCCGUUGGCGGUGCCUCUGGCGGGCUGGUGGCAACGUUUCUCGGUCGCAGAGGCACAAUGCAAGUAGGGAGCCUGGUCACUGCUGUCGGCGCCGCUGGGAUGCUUGGAACCGCGGGGAGUUACCUCAAUUACAUGGUUUGCAAGUGCCUGGGUGCGAUCGGGAUCGGUCUGCUCUACUCCAAUGGCCCCAUCUACGGAGCCGAGUGUGUGUUCCCGAAACAACGUGGCUUCCUCUUGGGCUUGUUCAAUGUCGGGCAGGCCCUGGGGAGUCUGACUGCGGCCGGCGUCUGUGUGGGAACCGCAUAUUUGCCCAGCGACUGGGCCUGGAAGACUCCGAUUGCCUGCCAGAUCCCGCUGGGGCUGAUUUUUGCGGCGACUCUUUGCUACUUUCCGGAAUCCCCGCGCUGGCUCCUGCUGAACAAGAAGCGCGACCCUGCGCGCCACUCGCUGUCGCGCUUCUACCACAUGGAGCCGGACUGUGAGACCAUCAGCCUGCAGUUGGACACCAUCCAGGACCAUCUGGAGCGGGAACAAGCCACGAGCGGCUCUGUAGAGGCGUUGGAGAUUUUCAACUCGGCCAACCGCUGGCGCACCCUCGUCUCAGCCCUGAUCCUCGUCGGCCUGGCCAUCUCGGGCAUCGCCUUCAUCACCCCUUACUCGACCCUCUUCCUCGCAAACGUCGGCGUCACCAACCCGUACCUCGUCAACGUCUACAUCGGACUCUGCACAUUCGCCGGCGCCCUCCUCGGCCCCUUCCUGAUCGAAUCCGUCGGCCGCCGCCGCACAAUGCUCUCCGGGUAUACCGGGAUGGGUCUGUGCAUGCUGAUCUUCGCCGCCGCCAACUCCGCGCUCGGUGAAGACAACCCAACCGCGCAGCGAGUCCUCGUCGCCUUUAUCUGCAUCUGGUCGUUUACCUUUGGCGGAUCCGUCGGCCCGGCCUCGUGGGUCGCGUCGCCGGAGAUGCACUCGGUCCGGCUGCGCACGCACGGCCAGGCGUUUAGCACGGCCCUGUAUCAGGUCUUUAGCUUCGCGGCCUCGUUCUGGUCGCCCUACAUGCUGGAUGCGCAGUAUGGGCGGAUGGGCGCCCGCGUCGGGUACUUUUACUUUGGGGUGUCUGGGGCGGUUCUCGUGUUGGUGUUUUUGUUGAUGCCGGAGACGGCGCGGCUUUCGCUUGAGCAGGUGGAUGAUUAUUUCGGGGGUGGGAAGCCGGCGUGGAGGACUUCUCUCCGGGAGAAUAAGCUGAUUGCGAGUGGAUUACAUCUGGAUUGUGGUGCAGUAGGGAUGGUAGAGGCCGGGUCGAAGCUGUGA